AUGAGCACAACGCACCUAGUGUGUGAAAGGGGACCAGAAUUGUCAAACGGCGGCAAGGGGGGAGGAGGCGGUGGUGGUGGGGGUGGUGGUGGAGGCGGGAGUGGGACCGGCCAGCAGCAGCAGCAGCGCCAGACCCCCUCCUCUCAGCAGCUUCAUGACUGGUAUGCUGGGCGUGGGGCGUCUGGGGGUUCUGGUCGCUGCCCCUAUGUCAUUCUCACUGGCCCUCGCAAGGGCCGCACGUGCAACGGCCUUCACCCUGAGUCCCGUUGCUUUGCGCGCCUCAGCGACGCCUGGCGCGCCAAGUUCCCUGAUGCCACUGAGUUCCCCAACUGGGCUGAUCUGCUUAGGCGUGAUGUCAAUGUCUAUGAUCUUGACUAUGAUGCAAUCCUUGCUGCCAUGUAUGCAUUGACUGUUAGUGCUGAGGGUGACUGCUACUUGUGCGUUCCGCCUGACCCAGGUAUAGAGACUGCAGCCCUAGGUGCUCGUGCGUCUGACCCCUCUGGUACUGCGUCCACGCAAGCUUUGCACACGUUUACACUUGACUCUGGUGCUUCUCGCUGUUUCUUUCGCGACAGCACCGCAGUCACCCCCCUCCCUGCACCUGUUCCUGUCUCACUGGCUGACCCCUCUGGGGGCCCAGUGCUUGCACGUGCCACGACUGUGCUUCCGUGCCCGGCGGUCCCGUCUGGUGAGCUGUCAGGUCUCCAUGUUCCCUCGUUCUCUACGAACUUGGUGAGCAACGCCGUCCUUCAGGAUCACUGGGUUGACACCUGGACUCCUGGAGGACAGCGUGUGGCGAUCUGUACGUGCUCCAAGACUGGCCGCCACCUGGCCACGUUCACCCGUGAGCCGGGGUCCAGUCUUUACACUCUCACCACUGUUUCACGCUACACUCCUUUGUCUCCACAGCUGUACGCGUCUGCUCAGGUAGCCACCCAGUGUGAGUGCCGCCGCCUGUCCCACGACACUCUCCUGUGGCACCACCGCCUUGGUCACCCCUCCCUGCCUCGCCUUCGUGGCAUGCACUCUCGCUGUCUGGUCUCUGGUCUUCCCAGGUCCCUGCCUGCACUCCCUCCCUCUCCUGCGCCGCCCUGCAUUCCUUCCGUCGAGGGGCGGCAGCGCGCCGCUCCUCACUCCUCCUCGUUCCCUCCCACAGAGGCUCCGCUGCAGACGCUCCACCUGGACGUGUGGGGCCCAGCCCGCGUCCAGGGUCAGGGCCGCGAGCGCUACUUCCUGCUGGUCGUCGACGACUACUCGCGCUACACCACGGUCUUCCCCUUGCGCAACAAGGGCCAGGUCCCUCAUGUUUUGAUCCCCUGGAUCCGCGCUGCUCGUCUCCAGCUUCGCGAGCGGUUCCAGACGGACUUUCCUGUCCUGCGUCUGCACUCUGAUAGAGGUGGUGAGUUCUCCUCUGACCUCUUGCGAGCCUUCUGUGCGGAGCACGGCAUCCGCCAGACGUUCACGCUUCCGGCCUCUCCGCAGCAGAAUGGGGUUGCUGAGCGCCGCAUUGGCUUAGUCAUGGAGGUCGCUCGUACCUCCAUGAUCCAUGCGGCUGCCCCCCAUUUUCUGUGGCCGUUUGCGGUCCGCUACGCCGCGCAUCAGCUCAACCUCUGGCCCCGUGUCUCCUUGCCGGAGACCUCGCCCACACUGUUGUGGACGGGGGAGGUUGGCGAUGCGUCGCGCUUUCGGGUCUGGGGUGCUCGUGCCUUUGUCCGCGAUACCACCGCGGACAAACUCUCCGCCCGCGCCAUUCCCUGUGUCUUCCUUGGUUUUCCUCCUGACGCGCCUGGCUGGCAGUUUUACGACCCCACCUCGCGCCGUGUCUUUGCGUCUCAGGAUGUCACCUUUGACGAGUCCGUUCCCUUCUACCGUCUCUUUCCCUACCGUACCUCCCCUCGCGCCCCCCCGUUGCUCUUCCUCACCCCAGGUCCUCCCCAGGUAGACCCCCUUCCCGCGCCAGGUCCUGCCCCUUCAGGUGUUUCUCACGUGGACCCACCCGUACCUGCGCCUGUUGAGGUCACUGGUGACUCUGGUCCUGCUGGAGGUGUCGUUGGCUCUGGGGGUGCGGAGCCUAGGGGUGCGGAGCCUGGGGGUGCGGAGCCUAGGGGUGCGGAGCCUAGGGGUGCGGAGCCUGGGGGUGCGGAGCCUGGGGGUGCGGAGCCUGGAGGUACUGAGCCUGGGGGUGCGGAGCGUGAGCGUGAGGUGCCUGGAGGUGCUGAGCCUGCGAGUCAGGAGCCUGGUGGUACUACGCCUGAGGGUGCUGUGUCUGGGGGUGACGUGCCUGUGUGUGUGGAGACUAGCUGGGCCUGGAGGUGA